UCAAUUUGAAGGGUGUGGAUUGCUGCUUUGUUGAAUUCUUAGCUGAAAUUGUGACCCGACAUCUCCUGACAUGGAUUCAAGCAAACCAGACAAGGAGAAGACGCGGGUUUACCAUCCGUAUCAAGACCUCAACGUUCCGAUCCAGAAACUCUACAACCUCCCUACCGCCCCAGAGCAUCUCUUUCCCGAAGAGGCAGCCAGAGCCCAUCGAUCCUGGGGCGAAAAUCUGCAGUACUACACCGGCUGCGGCUACUUGUCAGGUGCUAUGUUCGGCGCCGCUAAGGGCACCGUCCAAGGCCUCAAGGCUGCUGAGCCCGGUGACUCGCUAAAGCUACGGAUCAACCGCAUCCUGAAUUCGGGAGGUCAAACCGGCCGCAGAUUCGGGAAUUCGCUCGGCGUCUUGGGCUUAAUCUUUGCUGGUCUAGAGAGUGGCGUUAUCCAUUUGAGGGGUAAGGAUGAUUUGUUGAACAGUGUCGUGGCAGGACUUGGUACGGGAGCGCUUUACAGGGGGGCGGCUGGACCGCGAUCGGCUGCUAUCGCAGGUGCGAUCGGCGGAAUUGCUGCGGCAACGGCAGUUGCUGGGAAGCAAGCUCUGAAGAGAUAUGUACCAAUAUGACGAGGAAGAUGAUACCUGAAAGGUUUGUCCUUAUAUGAACGCGUAUGUGGAGGAAAAGAAAAGGAGCGUGAGGGUUUUAAAUUCGAACGUCUUGCUUGCUUACACUCUGUUGUAGCUGAAUACAAUACUGCAAAUUCAUAUUUGUUGCUGUGCGGCUGUACCAA